AAUUGUAUCUUGUAGAGCCGGAAGUGCCUGUAGCAUGAAAACUGCGUGGGGGGCGCAGAGUAAAUCAGCUGACGCGAGGAAGCUGACCUGCUGCGGCGUUUUCUCCCCGGUUCGGUUUGCGCCUAUCCUGCGGUUUAGGAAAAGGAUUGCAAUGCUGCGCCCCAAGGCUUUGACGCAAGUGCUGAGCCAGGCCAACACAGGAGGAGUUCAGAGCACCUUGCUCCUGAACAACGAGGGCUCUCUCCUUGCAUAUUCCGGUUACGGAGACACGGAUGCCAGAGUCACGGCAGCCAUUGCCAGCAACAUCUGGGUGGCCUAUGACAAGAACGGCCACCAGGCAUUCAACGAAGACAACUUGAAGUUCAUCCUCAUGGACUGCAUGGAGGGCCGCGUCGCAAUCACCAGAGUUGCCAACUUACUGCUGUGCAUGUAUGCAAAGGAGACAGUGGGCUUCGGGAUGCUGAAAGCAAAGGCCCAGGCUUUGGUCCAGUACCUCGAAGACCCGCUCACCCAGGUAGCGGCAUCAUGAGCCAUGGAGCCAAGGUUAUGGGGGAAAGGCUUUUGUGACUUCGCUCGGAAGGAGCUACUUCCGAAACAGACUUUUGCACAGGAGAAACUGGGCACUUGGAAGGGAUUUUUUUUGGCUUGCAGACUCUGCCUCCUAGCAAUACUGCAGACUGUGUCAGCCCUCCUGUAUUAUGUGUCUUUCAAACAAAUUUAAAAUGAAGGUGGGAAAAGAAUAAAAAUCUGUGUUUAUCAGCUUGAGUCCUGAUCUCG